AUGGCUUCGUCUUCCCUUGGUGAAUAUCUUGAAGGGCGCAUGCGUGUUCCCCUUUCGCUCCUGACUUCAGAAGGGUUUGCUGAGUGCCCCACAACCUUCUCGGAUCGGGCGUCAGUCACCGAGUUUCAGCAGUUCCUCAACGACCAAGACCAGCCAAUCACCGGCAUUGUGGCUCCGCAAGAGCUGGAUUGCAUCUUAGAGGAGCUAGAGAUCACCCGCUCGCGAUUUCGGCAAACGCUUCUCAACACACCUUGUGUAAACAAUAAGUACAGAAUCGAUUGCCUGCUGGGGCAACACUGCCUUGACCAGGCAAGGCGCUUGCUUGGAGACUCCUACGAGUGCACGGUGCGAAUCUAUGCCAUCCCGCCAGAGCUUCCUGAUAAGUAUAGUCAUGGAGAGAUCUGCAGGCAGGCGCUGCUGCAUGACAAGGAGCCAAGAUUAUGCCGGCAAUGGCUCGAAAGACUGCCUCCCGGCAAGGAAAAACACAUGUGGAUGAUAUUCCUACGGUCCGAAAUCUGGCGCGCCAUGAAGGACAUGGCUUCGUUACCAGGGCUAUGGGAGGACAUGAAAUUGGGGAACUGGGCCAAGCACCUGGCAGCUCAUGUAGACGAGCUGAUCGUCGUGUAUUGGAGAGAUCACAUGCGCAAGAUCUGGGAUGAGAUUUUCGAAGGCCUCGAAGACCAAGAGCGCUACCUGGAUCCGUAUACAGUCCGGUUUGUCCAGUUUAAGUCUCCUGCCCGGAGUCAGACGGAUCGACGAGCUAUCCGUGACGAGAUGGCGAAAGGAUCUCUAUUCCCAAACAUCUCCAACCAGGCACAGAGAGAUAAGCUCCUUGAUAACAUCGUCAAGAUCAAGGCCGUCAUCCCAAGCAUCCUCACCUUCCAUGAGAACAUGCGGUACCUGACCAUGGGCGCCAAGAUAUUGGCGAACCACAUCGAGGUUAAGAGGAGAAAAAGGCGCCGAGGGAAGCCUUCGACGUUCCCAAAGGCCACCAGAGAGCUUGGUCGAGAAUCUGGGCAGAGACUGGAGGUGGGUCGGGAACUAUGCGGAGGUCAGAGAAGGGCAUUAUCUUACAAUCCAUGA